GUCCUAAGCGCGCAGCUGCUGGAGCUGUCGUCGUUCCGAGCACACGUAACGUGACUGUCCGACGAGAAUCAAUCGGUGCGUGUUACGCGACGAGGGGACUGAAGCCGGCGUUGUUCAAAUUUCGAAAAUAUCAACCGAGGAGCACUCGAGAAGUAGCGUCAUACACAAUACACGCACAUACAUACACACACACACACACACACACACCGACCUUCCGCUCUUUGGACGUACUAUCUAGGAUGCAUCGGACGGACAUAAUUUUUUACAAAAUUCUGACAUAGGCUGGGUACAGUGGUCAGCCUCCCAGAUGAGAGAUCUCGCUGGACGUUGUUGCGGGCAACGCGAGAACCGUCCAUCUCGUUGGAUAUCCAAAGAACGGAACGAGUGUCUCGGAAUAGUUGCCAGUGAUCGAAGAGACUACGUUGGUGAACUGAUAGGAUGCGAAUGUGGACCUUACGCGGAUGAUACUCGUGCCGUGGGUUUUGUUAACUGGGUGAUGCGGCUACAUGUUGGAAGGAAGAAAGGGAUGACCGUUGAUUUUCUACCGAGGAUGGUGACGGUCUUUGUUUUCGCUUGCCUUCUAUUGCAGAAUAGUCGGCCGACAUUUGCAGCAUUUACUACUGUUACCACCAUCCCUGAUCCUGAGUUCGUGGAUGAAAUAGGGAAUAUUACAGUACCAGCAGGGCGAAAUGUCAAAUUGGCAUGCAGUGUAAAAGAUCUCGGAUCGUUUAAGGUGGCCUGGAUGCUUUUCGACAAGAGCGCUAUUCUGACGGUACAGAAUCAUGUUAUUACCAGGAACCCCAGGAUAUCCGUGUCGCACGAUAAGCACAGGACCUGGUUCCUACAUAUCAACGACGUGCACGAGGAGGACAAGGGAAAGUACAUGUGCCAGAUUAACACUGCCGCCGCCAAAACGCAAUAUGGCUAUCUACACGUCGUAGUGCCACCGAACAUCGACGAUUCGCAAAGUUCGUCGGACGCAAUUGUUCGCGAAGGUGCCAACGUGAGUCUCACCUGUAAAGCGACCGGAAGUCCAACGCCCAAUAUUCGUUGGAAGAGAGAUGAUGGUUCCAAGAUCUCGAUCAACAAAACUUUAUCCGUGGCGGAAUGGGAGGGCGAGACACUAGAAAUGGCGCGAAUUUCAAGACUAGAUAUGGGUGCAUAUUUAUGUAUCGCCAGCAACGGCAUACCACCGACAGUUAGCAAGCAGAUUAAGGUGUCAGUUGACUUCCCCCCUAUGCUCUGGAUACCGCACCAAUUGGUCGGCGCGCCCUUGGGUUACUCCGUUACGCUGGAAUGCUACACCGAGGCUCAUCCGACUUCUUUGAAUUACUGGGCGAGGGAGGACGGCCUAAUGAUUCACGAGAGCAGCAAAUACAAGGCUACGUCGUCGCCCGACAGACCGUCCUACAAAAUGCACAUGACGCUCACGAUAUUCGACAUACAGAAAGAAGACUACGGUAGCUACAAGUGCAUCGCCAAGAAUCCACGCGGAGAAACCGACGGAACGAUUCGUCUGUACAUGUCCGCGCCACCAAGCACUAGUCCUAGUCCUUCUACUACGGAAAUACCCAAAAAAGAUUGGGAAUUGAUGGAGAUGAAUAACUCUGUUUACGGAAAUCCAAGUUCGCUGACAAUUCAUAACGAAAGGAAUAUCAAGACAGGUACCAAGUUCCAAUCGAACCUUAAUGAAAUCGGAAAAUCGGAGCAGAAGUCGGCCGAAAUGGACAGAAAAAAGAAUUACAAAUAUACAAAUGCCGAGAAAGACUCAGCAACGGGCGUAAUGACGACCGGGACGUUACUACUGAUUACUCUGGCCGUAAUGAUAAUUCGAUAAACGGAACACGAGUCUUCUCUUGGUUGACACGCCAUUGGUGGAUUUCUUUCAUUAACAAACUGAAUUUAAAUAAUUAGACUUUAAACGAUACGUGAAGCAUACAUACAUACACAGGUACACAUGUAUACAUAUACAUAUAAUAAUAAACACACAAAAACACACGUACACUCACGCACAUACGUAUUCGUGCAUAUGCGUAAUUAUAUAUACAAGUGACACAAAGACUGAACGAGUAGUUAGCGUCGUAUUAAAUGACGGUGAAUAAUUUACGCGUGCCAAGUUUAGUGUAGCGACAACAAAGUCUACGAGAAGCCAAGAAUUAAAGGAGCACGAACCUCUCAUCGAUCCUUCACUCGGAAAUUGUGUGUGGUGAGAUGACUCAGGCGGGGACGCGUAAGGACGGAGAAAGAGAAACAACGAGAAUGAAAAAUGGAUGAUUGACAAAGUGCAACGACUAUCGCUUUCAGUGUAAUAUAUUGUAAAACGCCGUAACAAGCUGACGUCGACUGCAAUACCAGUGAUCCCGUCUCUGCAGGUGCAAUUUAAGACGUGUGAGAGUGAGUCGUUACGUUUUUAUAACAACACGGGAGAAUUUUAAUCACGCGAUAACUGGUAUCCCGAAAUAUCAAAACAAAAAUACUCGAGCUUAAUAAUGGAUUAAAGUUUGAGACCGAGCCAAUUAGUUUUCGCUCUUUUUAUAUUUAUACCAUUUCGAGGUCAUUUCUUUUCUUCUUCUUUUUUUUCCAUUGGUAUGAUUGAUGGGCACAAGGUUCUUCGAUUUUAUCAGCAACGUAAACGAUUGAAUUUGAAGAUUUGUCGUAGCGGAAAUUGCGGAAAUUAAUCGCACUUUGAGCGAAAUUAAUUUUCUACGGAACCUCGAACUAAAUUCUACCUACGUAGACGCGCGUCUCAGUUCCAUUUGUACUUCUAAACAACGGCGACUUUCUUUUCUUAUCGAGAUAUGAAAAAACGGGAAGAUGUGGCACCUCAAACGUGUAUUAUCUCCAACGUCAAUCCCAAUGUUUCGUUUUUCUUUUUUAAGUUCGUGAGACAAUAGCGCCCUUUCUAAUCUGCCAAGUGUUCUAACUCGUCCGAUUCUCCUCCUUCGUAUCUCUGCCUUCUUGCGUACGAAAUCGUGGAUCCAAUCUCGAUACUUGAGAUUAAAACGUCAGAUUCGGUCUAGAGAGAAGUUGCUCCCCAUUCAAAGAGGUGCUCGAAAGAAGAACCGAAAGAGAGGGAAAUGGAAAAUGGAAAGUCCGCGAAACGAAACGGAGAUGCGCCAUAACCAUAGAAAGUGUCGAAUUAGGUCGAUGUGAAUGUAAUGGCCGAUCUUGACACUAUAAGCAAAAGUGAAACGUCGACCUUAAUUUUUGCUACGAUCUAAUACCAUUAAUCGCAAUCGGGCGGAUACUGCGUCGCACCGAUGUUUCGAAAGUGCCACAGUCCCUUUUAUUCGAUCCUGUCAAAUAUAAAAGCAACUAUAGCUCCGUUUCCUCGCUCUAAAUAGUGCUCAUCCUGCGUCGCGAGAUGUUAUCUUCUUUCAUCUCGUUAUUUCCAUCACGUUCCAUGUGGUUAUGAUUACAUGACUUUUGCAUCGGAAAAGCGAUAAGUAGAAAAUAACCCUCCUUUGUAUAAGUAUCUCCGCGCUCUUUUGCACACGGCCUUUUUUUUGUAAACGAAUACCAAUUACGCGGAAAAAACAGCUACGUCCGGCAGGCUUUUGUCUUACGUCGAAAAGAAAGGGACUCAAGCUCACGGACUUGUAAAGAAGAACGCGAACGAUUCGGCGCUCUGUAUUAUUUAACUAGCUGAGUUUCUAGUAGCAGUAAGCCGUUCGUAAAAACAAAGAAAAAAAAACACCCAUUUCGUGAGGAUGAAUUUUCAUAUGACUACGUGUCCGCACACUGAUGUUAUUUGCGAUUGAAGUGACGUCGGCAUGCAUUCAUAACGGACACGGAAAUUUUUCGCGGUGAGUUGCAUGGAACUGCUCGGAGGGGAUCAUGAGUGAAAUGACUGCUAAAUAAAUACAUUAGAUUUGUCAAACGUGUCGAAUCUAUUUCACGCUGCUGCCACGCACCGUGCGAGCGAUCAAUUUAUAUUUCCGCAUUAAUUGAUCAAAUUAGGAUUUAUUCGCGGACACGGCUGCGAAAAUCUGCCUUUGCCAUGCCGGUUUUAAGCGGACUCCGAACUACUUAGGAAUAUCCAUUAUUCAGCGUACAUCUUGUUUAAAGCAACAGGUUCGAGAGUCUCUGCACUCGCGCGCAAAAGGAGUUAAUGCUUGCGACGGAUUAAAGAAGGGAACGGUCGACUUAGGGAUUAUGCGGACUUACUCUGAUGAGGUCUGUAAUCGUAUCAUUCGCGAGACUACCUACAGUCUUCUAACUUUAAAAGUCAUAAGCAUUUAACAUAAGGGGAUUGCGCGCUUUUGGAGCAUCGUGAUUGUCGGAGCGGUGCAAUCUGCAAAUCUUAUUGCGACGAAUCCGAAUCCUGACCCGGCCCUCAACGUUGUUAGGGGACAAUUUCUCUCUCGACUAUCGUGUGAAACAUUGAUUUGCAUUUACAUAAUGACGAUUGAACGGCAUUUCCUUUCUGUUUUUUUCAAAGGCAUUCUCUACAAAUGCAUUACAUUGUCGCGCAACAUUAUGACGCAAAAUUACGCAGAAAUCUUUAGAAAGUAUUUAAACAGAGGUGCUAUAUAACUUAGACGUCGCGUUUAAUGACAUUAGUAUUUCAAUUAAUUUUCAACAAAACAGAAAGAGAGAGAGAGAGAGAGAGAGAAAGAGCGAGAAAGAAGAGAAA